AUGGCUUGUCUACUAGCGAGCGAACACUAUAACACAAGCAUCGGCUCUGGCGGCGUCUUGGGCGGCAAUAAAGCCGAACUUGACCGCGAAGUACUGAAGCCCGGAUUGAGAGCGCGCCUGUCGCGGCGUUCGGCAGUCUACAACCGAAGCCCGAGCUCAGAAAGCGAUGUUUGUGAGAUGUUGCUGGCGCUCAGUAGGGUUCCACGAAGGAGCCUGCGGAGUCGGAUUCUCUCCGCAAGAUAUUUCAAUCGUUCCUCGAGUUCCACGGCAUUGAUUCCCCCUAGAAUUCGUGCAAAAAUGGACUCUCAGAGAUUGGAGCAUGUGCUGGACGACCUCGAAAUCAAGUCACUACUUAUCCGUGAGCGCUACUAUCGCGACACUUGCCAAUGGGACAAGUUGAGGAGUUGUUAUCAUCCUGAUGCUUCCAAAACAUUUAUUGAUAUCUCCUGGUUUACCGGUGACAUUGAUGGGUUUGUGACAGGCUCUCGAGCCAUGUCACAGGGUGGUGUGGGUGCCAUACAUACAAUCAAUCCUGUCGAGGUUACCAUACAUGGCAACAAAGCACUAUCAGAAUCAACCGGGAAUAUUCAGAUACGCACUCAACAUGAAGGCCAGGAGUAUGACCUCGUCUCCUGGACCAGGUUCAUUUCACGGUUAGCGAGAACACCACAUGGCUGGAAGCUUCUGACACUAGAUGUUAUCUAUGACCGAGACACCCUCACUUCAGUGGUGCCCACUCAAGGGAGUGUGAUCAAGCUCAAUGAUCUUGGACGACGGAAGAGCUACAGAUGUGUGUCAUGGGUUUUAUCCGAACGAGGAUUCCAAAUCAAGCAAAGUUUGCCUGGGACCGAUUGGCCAGAGUCGAUCACUAAUCUCAUGAAUUCCGCCAACCACUGGCUCACUGGAGGGGAUGGUGUCAUAAAGGCUGAUGGACUAGUUCUCUGA